AUGUCUACCGUCGCCAGAUCCCUCCGUCCUUUCGCUGCUCGCGUGCUUUCGCAGAAGGCUCCUCUGACCUCCAGCGUCCGCAGGGCCUCGCCCACUCUGUGUUUCCCGCGGGGAAGUGUCAGGAGCUUCUCUCAGAGCCCUUUCUUGGAAGUCAAGAAGUACACCGAGUCUCACGAGUGGAUUGAGCUGGGCGAAGACGGCAAGACAGCCAAGAUCGGCAUCACAGAGUACGCCGCCAAGUCUCUUGGUGAUGUCGUGUAUGUAGAGCUUCCCACCGCCGACCUUGAGGUUAGCGCCGGUGAGGCCGUGGGUGCCGUCGAGUCCGUUAAGUCGGCCUCGGACGUCCUGUCUCCCGUCGCCGGAAAGGUUGUGCAGGGGAACAGUGUUCUCGAGGACAAUGCCAAGUUCAUCAACCAGAGCCCGGAGGGAGAGGCCUGGAUCGCCGAGAUCGAGGUCAGUGACGCUGCGGAGCUGGAUGGUCUACUCGAUGAGGCCGCCUACAAGGAGAGCAUCGACGAAGACCACUAA